AGACUGGAAAUCACUUCGGUAACAUCAUUCGUGGCUUGUCAUUUAAAAAGUGUGGUUGCAGAUAGAUUAUAUUAAAUAUUGAAGUAAUUACGAAUAUUUAGAACUUUGCAAUAUCAUCUUCUGCAAGAGGGAGAAACAUGAAGUACAGUGCAGUUGCUAUUUUGGUGGUGGCCGCGCUCUCGGCGGUGAAAAGUGAGGUGUUUUUCGAGGAGAAAUUCCUGGACGACACGUGGCAGGAGUCGUGGACGUACAGCAAACACCCUGGCAAGGAGUUUGGCAAAUUCGUGCGAACUGCUGGAAAGUUCUUCAACGACGAGGAAGCCGACAAAGGCCUUCAGACAUCCGAGGAUGCCCGCUUUUAUGCGCUUUCCACCAAAUUCACGCCAUUCAGCAACAAAGACAAGCCACUCGUGGUGCAGUUUUCCGUGAAGCACGAGCAGAACAUCGACUGCGGCGGCGGCUAUCUCAAGGUGUUCGAUUGCUCCCUGGAGGAGAAGGAUCUGCACGGCGAGAGUCCGUACUUGCUCAUGUUCGGCCCGGACAUCUGCGGUCCUGGCACCAAGAAGGUGCACGUGAUCUUCAACUACAACGGCAAGAAUCACCUGAUCAACAAGGAGGUGCGUUGCAAGGAUGACGUGUUCACGCACUUCUACACGCUCAUUGUGCAGCCCGAUGGCACCUAUCAGGUGCUGAUUGACAACGAGAAGGUGGAGUCGGGUGUGCUGGAGGACGACUGGGACUUCCUGCCGCCCAAGAAGAUCAAGGAUCCCGAGGCCAAGAAGCCCGAAGACUGGGAUGAGCGGGCCACAAUCCCCGAUCCGGACGAUAAGAAGCCAGAAGACUGGGACAAGCCAGAGCACAUCCCCGACCCAGACGCCACCAAGCCCGAUGACUGGGAUGAGGAGAUGGACGGCGAGUGGGAGCCACCGAUGAUUGACAAUCCGGAGUACAAGGGCGAGUGGGCGCCGAAGCAGAUUGACAAUCCCAACUACAAGGGCAUCUGGAAGCACCCGGAAAUCGACAAUCCAGAGUACACGCCCGAUGAGAAUCUCUAUCUCCAUGAGGAGAUCUGCUCCGUGGGCCUGGAUCUGUGGCAAGUGAAGUCGGGCACGAUCUUCGACAACUUCCUCAUCACAGAUGAUCUCAAGUAUGCCGCCAAUGUGGCUGAGGGUGUGAAGAAGACGCAGGUGGGCGAGAAGAAGGUGAAGGACGAGCAGGACGAGGAGGAGAGGAAGAAGAUGGAGGCGGAGGCGAAGACGGCCAAGCCGGAGGACGAUGAGGAUGACGAUGAUGCCGCUGAUGAUGACGAGGAGCCCGUGAUUCCUGGCGAAGUGGAGGAGGCCGAGGAGCACGAUGAAUUGUAGACACACAAUGAAUUUCUUAGUGAGGGUGAUUCCGAAAUUUCUCUUCAUUGAACAAAAAGAAAUACUGAUAAAUAAUUUUUUCUGUAUCUUUAAAAAUCAGUCUUCGAUACAUUUGCAUAAAGAAAAAAAAAUGAAAAAUUUAGGUCCCUUUUUACAGUAAAAUUGUUUUCCUGCAACGUUUUUGAAGAAAUAUUUAGCGCAAAUAUCACACUUUUUUGUAUGGACGAUUUGACAGUCAUUUUUUUCACAAAAGAAAAUAUUUCUAGAAUGUAUAUAUACAAAAACGGAUGCUAUAUUAUGACUUAUAUAGUGAGUUAUGUUCUAAUAAUGCAACAAAAUUUAUUUUGUAAUGAAUGUGAACUGGUUUAAAAGAAGAAAAACCUCAAUUUUGUUGUCUGGUUUGCACGGGAUUUAAGAAAAGAUUGUGCAGAAAUUUGUGGUCGAAAGGAAAAUGAUGAUUGGGAGGAAGAAAAAAACAUGUUCUUUACCAGUGAAAAGAUAUCGAAUCUUGCUAUUUUUCCAUUUUGACUUUCAGUUUUUCUUUUCUUCACUAAUUUGUGUGAGCCAGACAUUAAUGAAAAAGGGGAAGUAAGAUCUUAGAAUGGAUGUAAAACACACUCAUAAAUUCCACAAGCCAAUAAUUUAUAUAUUGAAGAAAAAAGAAAGAAAGAAAGAAAGAUAUAAACUUUGCAAAAUGACCGUCAUAAAAUAUUCCCUGUGUUUUUAUACGACAUAAAAAAUACUUACUAUAAAAGUAAUAUAAAAAUACAUUUAGAUUUAAAAUGUAUGACUGAUAUAAGAUUAGAAAUAAUUUGUAUUUUCUGAGAGAGCAACACACAAAAAAGAAAACUGAAAGCGUGAUGAGUCAAAAUAAAGUAAUAAAUUAAUUUAAA